AUGGCUCUCAUGGAGCUAAGGGACAAGUUGUCUCUGCAGAUGGAAGCAGUUGGGAAGGAACAAGAGCUGACCAAGAAAAACAAUGGUUUUCUCCAAAAUAUCGAUGCAGCUGAAGGCACGAUGCAGAAUUUGCUAAGGAAAUUUACCAAAAUGGACCACGUCUUGGACAGAUCAGAUGAUGAGGACGAGAUUUUCUCUGAAAACCCUCAAACUGACUUUCUUCGAGAGGAUGUGUUGGAGCCAGAGGCCGAGCAUGACCAGGACCUGCAGAGUCAAGAGGAUGAGCAAGAGACAGACUGCUUUCAACAUGAGGACCCUCAAGUGUCCACAUCUUGGCCGUUUUCAGAGGAGAACAUCCCUGAAUUGAGUCAGGAGAACAUCUUCUUCCAGCUAAACCACUGGAAUACACAGAUGGGUCAACAAGUGAAAGAACUUGGAGCUGAUCACACAGACUGGAUGGAGAAAAUUAAAAACAUUAUACAAAAAAUUAACCUAACAGAAAACACAGUGAAGAGUUUAAUAAAUGAGGUGAUGUCCCUGGAGGGCCAAAUUGAAAAGCUGGAGUCACAUCAGGACCUUAACCCUGAUCAGGGGACGAACAUCGAGGUAAAUGCUUGUAAUGAAGCUCAUGAAUUAAAGGAGAAACUCAUUGAAAGAAUAGAGAACUUUUCCAAGGACAUGACUCUGCUGAAUGCAAAGCUAGAGAUGUACCAAAUGCAAGCAGGGAAAACAGACUCUCAGAGUCCCGAAGAAAUGGGUAUGGAAGAAAUGGAGCCUCUGCUCCCUCAGGCUCCACCACCUCCUUUAGUGCAGAACUCUCCUCCCCGCAUUGCAGUGUGGAAACGUGCACUGAGGAUUUUCAUCAUGUUUUAUGUCCUUACCUUCACUGGACUUUUAUGUUACACACUAUUUUUUGAUGCUACGUUUAUCUUUGAAAGGGUGCUCCCUACAAUGCUUGGGCGCCGCAGAAUGUGGGAACUGCGGGAGAUUAUUGCGCCUUUCUUGAAUUUGGAAGUGGAAGACUUGUUACCCUCCUAAAGAUACAGAAGUUACUAUUACCCUACUGACUUCCUCUCCAA